AUUGUUUGGAGCGGUCACAGGGGCUGAUGGUGGACAGAGCAGGAUGGCAGCCGGACUGAGGGUCAUGUGUGAGAUCUGAAGUGUUCGGAAAUACAAUUUAGGCUGAGUGAGGCGAGAUAGAGCCAUGCCCCUGUUGAAGAGGAACAUCGAGCCCCGGCACCUGUGCCGUGGUGCUCUGCCCGAGGGCGUCGGUAGUGAGCUGGAGUGUGUAAUGAACAACACGCUCUCCGCCAUCAUCCGCCAGCUUAGCAGCCUCAGUAAGCAUGCGGAGGACAUAUUCAGCGAGUUGUUUUAUGAAGCCAACGCAUUUUAUCUGCGAGCGAACUCCCUGCAGGAUCGCAUCGAUCGGCUCGCCGUCAAGGUCACUCAGCUGGACUCCACCGUGGAGGAGGUCUCUUUGCAGGACAUUAAUAUGAGGAAGGCUUUUAAGAGCUCCACAGUACAGGACCAGCAGGUGGUGUCCAAGAGCAGCGUCCCGAUCCCUGUGAAAGAUAUGUAUGAGCUGAGUGACCCCCCUCCACCCCUCAACAUCCUCUCACGGUACAGGGACGAUAAUAAGGAAGGGCUGAAAUUUUAUACGGACCCCUCGUACUUCUUUGACCUGUGGAAGGAGAAAAUGCUGCAGGACACGGAGGACAAGAGGAAAGAGAAAAGACGGCAGAAAGAGCAGAAACGCUGUGUGGACGGAACGCUGCAGAGAGAGGUGAAGAAGGUGCGAAAGGCUCGGAAUCGCCGUCAAGAGUGGAACAUGAUGGCCUUUGAUAAGGAACUGAGGCCCGACCUUCGGCACGGGCACACGGUGCACAGAGCAGGAUCGUCUGAGGGCUCCGUGUCACCAGAAAACAGGUCUCAUGGCCAAGACCACUUGGACCACGGCUAUCUGACCAUGUCCAACCACGCAGGCCAUGCCCACACGUACUCCGGCCCUCCCCCCGGCAUGGCUGCCCUUUCGGCUCACGCCCACAUGAGCAUGGAGCAGGACUACAGGACGGGGUCUAUGGCGUACCGCUCGGGCACGCUGGGCCGUCCACACCAGGCUCCGCCCCCUCCUCCACCCACAGAGUGCAUGAACGGCUCCAUGCCCCUCCCACCAAUGGACUACAGUAUGGAUUACAUGAACUCAGCCACACCUCCUCCACCCCCAGCUCCUCUCAUUCCAUCAUCCCAAACUGCCUUCGCUCUGCCUCCCAUGGGCACACCCCCAGGCCCGCCCACCAUGGGCGCCGGUUACAUCCUGCCUGGUUCACCUGCCUCUGGACCACUGGCUGCUCCUCCUCCUCCUGGGCCGCCACCUCCUCCACCUAACACCACCCAACCCAUCACACCCAAACGCCCACCUGUUCCCAUUGAAGCCCCACCCAUGAACGAUGCCCGCAGUGACCUGCUAGCAGCCAUACGCAUGGGUAUUCAGCUGAAGAAGGUGCAGGAGCAGCAGGAGCAGCAGGCAAAGCGAGAGCCGGUGGGCAACGAUGUGGCCACUAUUCUGUCACGCCGCAUAGCUGUGGAGUACAGCGACUCGGAGGAUGACUCAGAGUUAGAGGAUAAUGACUGGUCUGACUAAAAACACACACACACACACACACACACACCUUUUUAUUCUUCCUAACACUGCAGUAUCUACUGUACAAUACACGGACGUGCAGCAGCACUCAAAAGUUUAGACCUGUGAUUAUUGUCACUUUAAUCAAAAGCCUUAACCUCAAAAGAUGUUCCUUAGAUGUUUAAAUUCAUAAGACUGAGUUAGGGUUAACGUUCAAAAUAAACUCACAUGUAAUAAAACUAAAUCAAAUCACUUCACACUCAUUCUUUUUAAUUCAUUUUUUUACGAGUUCAAAUUGGUUCAAAGUUGAUAUCAUGUCAGCUUAAAGAAAGUCAACGACAUGGUUCGAUUUACUGAACAUGUCUUUAGUCACCGCAAAAAUCUGUACAGCGUAGUUAAUUCUCAUUAUUGUAAGAAACUGUGGAAAGUGUUAAGAUAAAUUAGCUGAAGCAGCGAUUAAGGGGUCCAAGCACCAUGCAGUGCCCUGGAGGUGCUGAAGGCGUGAUCAGAAACAAUGAAACAAUUCAAAGGUUUGUGUAAAGAUAAAAUCAAGUUUCCUAAGUGCUUUUUUGCCGGGAGACGAUAUCGGGACUGUGUGAUGUAAGUCUGUGUAGUAAAAUUGAUAGAGGACAUUUCUGGUAAAUCGCGAUCACGUGAUUUCAGUAUAAAUUAAAGCUGGGAUUGUCUUCAUGAUAUACAAUUAAGUACCGUCCAUCUCGGUAAUCAUUACGGACAAUGUCAGUAAAGAUUACGGCGACUUUUACCUUCUGUAAAAAGGUCCGCAAAAAUUACCUCAGGUAAUACUAAUCCCGUCCGAAUAGACCCGCUGUAAAUAUGUACGGUAAAAUUCCGUCAUUUCCUGUUUAAAAGUAGUUUUUGGCGCGUUUUGCAAGCAUGGAGGCGCCAUGUUGUCUGUUUGAGCACGUGAUAACAGGAAGCAACGUCAUACGGACAUGACGACAAGGAGGUUACUGUGGUGCGUAAAGUGAGUUACCCCUCCAACUUCUGCUAGUUUUACUGAAAUGUCUUGUCCCGUGCGAAUUGGCCAAUUAAUAUUACAGACGUCUCGAGGUAAAAUUGCAUUACUCCACGUCCCCACGUAAAACUAAUCCCGUCCGAAUAGGGCUUAAGUCAUGGCAUUAAGAACUCCAUACAUAGACCUAAACAUACUCUUUUGAAUCCAGACCGAUUGUUUGAACCCGUUGCCUCAGACACGUCCCAGACACGUCCUGUUAAACGUCGUCUAUAUUUUUAUUCUUCUGAGUUUUUAAACUGACUCGGUUCGGGUUCUGAGGGACACGACUGAAAAGACCAACCUCUCCUCAAGUGCUUUAUACUGGACAAAAAAGUGCAAACCCUCCUUUCCCAAAGGAGAGAACAUGUUCAUCAUCUGGUGGAUUCUUUAUGGAUACGGCUACCCUCUGUAGUCUAAAAGUAAUGGCACCCUCUGUAGUCUAAAAUAGUGGAAUAAUCUAGAAUGGUUUUAGUGUAAUGAUGGUGAUAGUGUAAAACAUCACUGCUUAAAUAAAAUAUAUUAGCAUAAAAUAUCUUAGGCUACUGAAUAAUAAAAGAAGAAACGUGGAAGAAUUACGUUCUACUUUGGUGCUUUUACGCCUAUUGACAUUUGGUGUGUCCAAACUUUUGACUGUUUCUGUACGACAUGAUGCUUAUCCAGCUGUUUGUUUACAUAUUAAAUUUAUCAUUUUUUUUUUAUGCUAAAAGAAUUUCAGGAUUGUUUUGUGGUUGUAACAAACAGGCAAAAGUUGUCAAACUUGUCUAAUCGAAUAGUCAAGAUGGUUCGGUUAAAUAGAAAAACAUGCAGCUGAGAGAUUAAAGCUCUGCACGAUGCGGACCUGGAGAUCACAUGACCUGGACAUCCCUGAAGAGAGCCGAAGAAAAUAAGGAGUGACGACGAACUGAAAUGAAUCUUAUGCUUCAGGACCCGCUGAGCCCUCAUCAUGGAAAUGGGUUCUUAGGGGACUGGCGUCUCUAUGGAAACAGUACAGCUGGGAUGCAGGUCUCCAUGGCAACUGUGGAGCCUAGGUGGCGAGCGGAUGAAAUAAAACAAGCUCAGACCAGGUUAUUUUAAAUGCACAGCACAUUCUUUUAAUACAAAAAUUAACAAGAAUCUCUCGAUUUUUUUUUUUAACUAAUCAAAGCAAUAAAAAGAGAGCACUAACACCUUGGAAAAAUAUACACCACAUUCACGUAAUGUCUUACAACAUCUCAGUUAAAUAGUGCAUGUUGAUUAUCGUUCUUUUUAUUAAUCAUUUUUGCAGAUACGUAUUUUUUUGUUGUUGUUGUUGUUGUUGUGCCAUUUCUCAAAAAUAAAGUGCAUUUCACAGUUAA